UCAAAAUCGAGUCAUCAUGACUGGCCGCGGCAAGGGAGGAAAAGGAUUGGGAAAAGGAGGAGCGAAGAGACAUCGCAAAGUACUUCGCGAUAACAUCCAGGGUAUCACCAAGCCGGCCAUCCGUCGUCUGGCGCGUCGUGGCGGAGUCAAGCGUAUCUCCGGAUUGAUCUACGAGGAGACUCGUGGUGUGCUGAAGGUGUUCCUAGAAAACGUUAUUCGUGACGCGGUCACCUACACCGAGCACGCUAAGAGGAAGACUGUCACUGCUAUGGACGUCGUCUACGCCCUGAAGCGCCAAGGAAGAACUCUGUACGGCUUCGGCGGUUAAAUGUAGACUAUUUUUACUAUGUUCAAAAAACGGCCCUUUUCAGGGCCACAAACAUUUCGAACGUUAAAUGUCUCUCGUUAUAGCGAUUAAAAUUUCCUUCGUAUAUUUCACUAGGAAGUUCUCAUACGGUUAUUACUUCGUUACAAUUUUGCACAUUUACUUUUUGGGGCUGUUAGGAAAUAAUUCGCCUGAUGCAAAAGAAACAAUAUUUUUCCAAGAUAAAAGUAAAGGAUGUCUAAGUAUGUGAUCUAGUUACAAAUAUUUUCUAUACUUUUGCUUGUAAUAGUUUGACUUUGCAAUUCUUAAGUGUUUAUAUCGCGAAGCAUUUUCAGUACGUAACGUUCGUUGAGUGGAAAAUUAUCUUUAAGAUAAUAUAGUGAUGAGCAAAAUUGCCGAGUACUGGCGAAAAAACGUGCUCGCCUGCAGCAACUGGCUGAUUGCGAUUACGAUGUAGUUAUCAACAAUAAGUUUCAAAUGAUGAAAUUCUCAAAUAUAUAUUACACAUAUUAAGUGAACUUUGUUAGAAGGGCUUGAUUCUGCACGUUCUAGAUUGACUAUUUGGAAUGGAGGAGAAUGCGUGGUAGAAUUUUCCAGUUAAAUUUGAUUAUCUUCUAAAAAGGACGGAGAAUAACCUUAGAAAUUUUUAGAGAACAUUGUCAUUUCCUCGUCCUGUAUUUUGAAGUGUUAUUUAGGCUGCGAACGUUUCAAAGCGUUGUUCUUCUUUCUUUAUUAGAAGGAGAAUUAAAUCUAAUAAAAUGUACAAUCUAACGAAUGAUGAUAGAGUGGUAAUUUUUCAUCAAGAGAUUUGAAAAUCUGAAUCUCCUUUCUCUUUAGCUAACAUUCUUGUGAAAGUAAUUAGAAAAUAACUAAUAUACAAUAGAUACAUCCUAUUAAUAAUUAGAAGUUCGACAAUGCUUGAAUGUUAAUCUAUUCGAGAGGUCGUUACUUUAAAAUAUUUAUAUGACAAGAAUAGUUCCGUUAAAGGUCUUCUUACGAAUCUGAGGUAUAGGAAUAAUUUCAAUUCUAAAUUCUAUUAACUGAAAGCUUUUAAAAAUAGUAUCAAAUGACAUUUGUUAGCAAUAAAUAAAGCAAAAGAUUAAGAAAAAGAUAUACGUAAGACUGUUUUAGAGUAGAGCAUUUAAAACUUAAUAAUUUACAUAUCACAUAUUAAACAAGUUAUAUUUGUUAAAAUUAUUAAGUUUCUCUACUUAAAAUAUUGUUUUAUGUACAGCUUCUUUCUUAACCUCUUAGAGUAGAAAAGUGCCUUUUCGGUCGAGCUAGAUUUUUAUAGUAUUUACAUAAUCAAGUUGAUGAUCGACUUUAUGACCAUUCUUUAACCGUUCUACCGCUGCAGAAAAAUUUAUUGCGUAAAAUAUGAACGGAACUCGAAUCUGAAUGUAAUUUCAGUUGAAAUAUCAAAUGUUUCUUUGCAUAACG